CCUUAAAUGCACAAAAAACAGAGUGUAGAAGGGUGGGCGAGAGAGGUAGACGGAGCAACUAGAAGAGAGAGAGACUGGGAGGGACCGUGGGUGAGGUUCACUUGGAUCCAAAACCCAGUGUAGCAACAACUUAUUAGAGAAACAAGGCAGAACGUUCUGGAGCAACAACUUUUCCUGAAUAAAGCAGAAGAAGAAGAAUUCAGUCACUUACAGAAUCUGGGAUUGCUUUUAACACAGCAAAACUGUUGUAUGCUCUCACUUUGGAGAACUUUUACUGAGCUCUGUGCUUCAGGAGUGCUCCGGAAAUACAGGAAGUGGUCUCAUUAAUACUGACAAGUUUUUCAGAAACAAAAAGACUAAAGUUUCCCUGCAGCUGCAGAGGCAGUGAAACUUGGGCUGACUACUCUGGCCAGACUUAUUGAGUUUUAGUCAUGUCGGGCAUGCUUCCCCUCUUUCUCGUAUCUUUGUGUCUGAUCGUGGGCUCAGUCCAGAGCCAAAGCUCGUCUCAGGAUGCCUUUAUAAUCCAGUACCUGGAGAGGAGACUGGCUCAGAUGGAGGAGCGCCUGAAUCAGUGUGAGCAGAGCACCACAAGCGUCACCCAAAGAACCUUUGACCUUUCCAGUGAAAUCAGAGGUUAUCUGUCUACACUCAGUGUUCUCAGAUCAGAGGUGAAGAGCCAGAUGGACGGCAUGUCUGUACGUGUAGACCGGAUGGAGAGAGAGCUGGAAUAUUUGGAAAACAAAAUUCCCAGUCAGUCUGAAAUUGAGAUGGAGGAGGCACUGCUGGAACAGCAGAUAAAAGCGGCAGAACUCGACCUGCUGAAAAGGAAAGCCAAGAUCAAAGUGCAAAAUGACUGCAGCAUGGGUCUGAGUCAAAUCAAGUCUCUCAAGAUUGUGAAGAAGGCAGGAGACACCUAUGGUUCCUGGUUCAAGGACCCCUCGGAAGGAUCAGCCAAGAUUUAUCUGCUCAGCGGAAUUCGUAACGACACCAUGCUGGAGUACGUUUCCCUGCAAAGCUUCACAGAGAGGACUUCAUCUCCAGCAAAGGUGGUGCAGCUGCCUUUCCACUGGCAAGGAUCGGGUCAUGUGGUCUACAAUGGAUUCCUCUACUACCACAAAGCAGAUACAACAAACCAAAUAGUGAAGGUAGACCUGCUGAAUGGCACAGUGGUGGACAGCAUGCUUCUUCCAGGAGCUGGUCAUAUGCCUGUUUACAGUCUGAACCCUAACACUUACCUGGACAUGGCUGUUGAUGAACUUGGCCUCUGGGUCAUCCAUGCAGAUGCUGAGUAUGGAGGAAACCUGGUCAUCACCAAACUGGAAAUAGGAACCUUGGCAGUAGAGUCUGUGUGGGACACACAGUGUAGAAGCCAUGACGCUGAAGGAGCUUUCCUAAUAUGUGGCACCCUUUAUGUGGUCUACAACACACGCUAUGGAGGACGUUCCACCAUACAGUGUCUCUAUGACAUCCAUGACACCAUUCACAGCAAUGAGAGUCCUGUGAUGUUCUUCCCGAAACGUUACACCAGCCAUAGCAGCAUCCACUAUCACCCCGGAGACAAGCAGCUGUAUGCCUGGGAUGAUGGCUACCAGACGAUUUACAAAGUGGAGACACGCAAGAAUGACCAAGUCAUUGCAGACUAAUAUUACAACAGUGUUAAUAUACUGAUGUUUGUUGAUGACAUAUUUGCUUCGCAUUGUAAUACCCCUUAAGUGUAAUUAUUCAACAUUCCCAAGAAAAAUUG